CACCAGUGGCGUGGGGGGGGGCUGGGGGGCUAUGGUGGUCUUUGUGGUGCAUUGGCAGCUGCAGGGCGGCUCUCGCACACAGCGGGCAGCUCUUCUUCCCCAACACCCGUGCUCCAGCAUCUGCAGACAACGGGUAGCAGCCACCGCCUGCCCACACCUCGAGCUCCCCACCGCCACGGUCCCUGCCAGCCCAUGAAGUGAUCCCGGUAGGUGGCACAGCUCCUGCUCCUGCCGUCACCACUGCCACACCGGGCACUGAGCAAACAGCAGCGGCAGACGUGCCAGGCAGAGCCACCACACUUUGUGGAUGCCGUGACACCCGCGCUCAGACAGGAGGGCACGGGCUGGGACAGCGGGGCCGUGGAUGCAGAGCCGGGUGGGACGGGUGCAGGUCUGCUGGCCAUGGGCAAUCUGAUAAAGGUAUUGGGCAAAGAUUUAGAAAACUGUCCUCAUUUUUUCCUGGAUUUUGAAAGUUUCACAUGGGGAACCUUCUUAAAGUGUUGACUUAUAACGAACUUGACCAAGGCCCUAAUUUUUUCCUUGACUUUGAAAAUGCGCAGCCGACUGAAGCUGAGACGGCAGUGUGGAACCAGGUGAACGCGGUGCUGGAGGAGGCGCAGGCUGUCCUGGCCGAGCUGCAGUCCUACACGGGUGCUGGGCAGGAGAUCCGAGAGGCCAUCCAGAACCCCGGGGACCUGCGGCUGCAGGAGAGGGCGUGGAGCGCUGUCUGUCCCCUCGUCGCCAAGCUGAAGCGCUUCUAUGAGUUCUCCCUACGGCUAGAGAACGCCCUGCGGAGCCUGCUGGAGGCCCUCACCAGCCCCCCAUACGCCCCGACCCAGCACCUAGAGCGGGAGCAAGCCCUGGCCAAGCAGUUCGCUGAGAUCCUCCACUUCACCCUCAGCUUCGACGAGCUCAAGAUGACCAACCCCGCCAUCCAGAAUGACUUCAGCUACUACAGAAGGACCAUCAGCCGGAACCGCAUUAACAACCUGCAGCUGGACGCAGAGAGCGAGGUGAACAACGAGAUGGCCAACAGAAUGUCCCUCUUCUAUGCUGAGGCCACCCCCAUGCUCAAAACACUCAGCAAUGCCACCACCAAGUUCGUUUCAGAGAACAAGACCCUCCCCAUCGAGGACACGACCGACUGCUUGAGCACCAUGGCCUGCGUCUGCAGGGUGAUGCUGGAGACCCCGGAGUACCGGAGCCGCUUCACCAACACUGAGACCCUCCUCUUCUGCAUGCGGGUGAUGGUCGGUGUCAUCAUCCUCUACGACCAUGUCCACCCCGUGGGGGCCUUCGCAAAGACCUCCAAGAUCGAUAUGAAAGGCUGCAUCAAAGUCUUGAAAGACCAACCUUCAACCAGCACCGAGGGACUCCUCAACGCUCUGAGGUACACCACUAGGCACCUCAAUGACGACACCACGUCCAAACAGAUCCGGGCCAUGCUGCAGUGAGCGCUGGGUGGCUGCUGGGGCCACCCCUACCGUGCACAUGUCACCAUGUCACCUACACCCAUGCCCAUUCUGCUCAUCUUGUACGGAGAGAAAAGGGACAAUAAGAAAUACGAAAAAUAUCCAAACAGCCCGAGGCCACUCAUGGGCGCUCCUGCCCCCCCUCCCCACCCCUCAAAUCAGCACCCAGUGCCUGGGCAUAAGGUGCGGGGACACUGUGCUGGGGCCGGGCAGGAUGGACCCGGGCAGGGAUGUGCAAUGGGGGCCUGGGGAGGGGGGAAGGGGCAGAUGUCAUCCCCGUCCUCGUCCAGAGCAUCCGUCCAGAGCAUCUGACU